CUGGGGCCGGGGCCGGGGCCGGGGCCGGAGCCGGGGCCGCGGCUGAGCGGGGACAGAGCGGGGUCGCCGCGCCCUUCGAGCCCCCCGAGGGCGGCUUCGGCUGGGUGGUGGUCUUCGCCGCCGCCUGGUGCAACGGCUCCAUCUUCGGCAUCCACAACUCCUUCGGGAUCCUCUACAUGAUGCUGCAGAGCGACCUGGGCGAGGGGGAGAAGGAUCCAGCGCUAGAGUUUAAAACAGCGUGGGUCGGCUCCCUGGCCAUGGGGAUGAUUUUUUUCUGCUCUCCCAUCGUCAGCAUCUUCACCGACCGGAUCGGCUGCAGGACCACGGCGGCCAUGGGAGCUACCAUCGCCUUCAUCGGGCUCCUCUCCAGCUCCUUCACCAAGUCCCUGGAAGUCCGUUAUUUCACAUAUGGGAUCCUCUUUGGCUGUGGCAGCUCCUUUGCCUUCCAGCCCUCGCUGGUCAUCCUCGGUCACUACUUCAAGCGCCGCCUGGGCCUGGCCAACGGCAUCGUGGCCGGGGGCAGCUGCCUCAUCUCCGUGCCGCUCCCCUUCUUCCUGAAGAUGGUCGGGGGUGCCAUCGGGCUGGCACACACUUUCCAAGUACUCAGUGCCUUAAUGCUCAUCCAGAUCUUCUUGUCCAUGACCUACCGGCCCAUCCUGACGCCUUCAUGUGACUCUCAGCACGACGGGCACGACAAGAUGGGCAGCCGGAGCAUGAGGCAGCAGUGCUGGGCCCAGACCCGCAAGUAUUUCAACCUGAGGGUUUUCCGGAGAAAGACCUAUCGGAUUUGGGCCUUUGGGAUCGCUACUGCUGUCCUGGGAUACCUCGUACCUUACAUGAACCUGGUCAAAUAUGUGGAGAAGCGAUUUCAGGAAACCAAAAAGGACUGGAUCCUCCUGGUUUGCCUCGGGGCCAUGUCGGGGCUGGGGCGCUUGGUUUCAGGCCGCAUUGGCGACUGCAUUCCCGGGCUGAAGAAGAUUUACCUGCAGGUUGCGUCCUUCAUGCUGUUGGGCCUCCUGUGCAUGAUGAUCCCGCAGUGCCGAGGCUUCGAGGGCGUCAUUGUCAUCUGCCUCUUCCUUGGCCUCUGUGACGGCUUCUUCACCACCAUCAUGGCCCCCAUCGCCUUCGAGCUGGUGGGGCCCAUGCAGGCGUCCCAGGCCAUAGGGUACCUCAUGGGGCUGAUGGCCGUGCCCAUGACUGCGGGCACGCCCAUUGCAGGAUACCUCAAUGAUUAUUUUGGGAAUUACGACGCGGCCUUUUACUUUGCGGGGGUGCCGCCCAUCAUCGGCGGCCUGGUGCUCUCCGUGGUGCCGCUGGUCCACCAGAGGAUGCUGAAGAAGCAGCGCCUGGAUUCUGGCAAAGACAAGAUGCUGGUGUCGGAGGCGGUGGUGAACGGGGAGCUGCUGCCUGGCUGCCCGGCCUCCGAAGCACACAUGUGACGCCGCUCCCGGCUCUCCCAGGACACCAGCAGCCUCUCGUAGCCCCAGCACAGGCCCUUUCCCAGACGGACCGAAAUUCCCAGUGAUCGCAGAUGCACUAUGUUUGUAAAGGAGAAAACACAAACAUUUCUUCUAGUUAAAGGCUUUUAACUAGCAGAAAUGCUCUUUUUUUUUUUUUUUUUUUGGACAGUUUUGAUUUCAAAGCCACCUUUUUUUUUUCCCCCCCUAACCAUUUUUGUAAGGAGAACUCUCACCAGGAUUCAAACUUGAUCGAGCUCCCGCUCCUCUCCCAGUUUUCUAUACGUCACGACAGAGGUUUACAGAUAAUAAAUGCCUUUUCCAAGCAGGCCACGGAUGGAACUUGUUGAACCUUGCAGCUGUCCAUCCUCCUCCUCCUCCAGUGUCACUCGGGUGUCACAUCCAAGUGAGACAGCCCCGUCCCCGUCCAGCACCUGGGGCUGUUUUGGAGCCAGAGAUCCGAAGGAGGAAACGCUGCUUUAGUCUGAUGCACAAACCAAAUAAAUGUCAGCGAGUCCCGCUUUCAUCUUCCUCUUUCCUCCUUUCCCGCUGCUCUCCCACACCCCCAGGGAGCUGCAGCUGGGAUGACAGGGAGCUCGGCUGGCUCCAGCCAUCGGAGUCACAUGGGAGCACACCCUUCCUGCAAAAUAUGCCUUAAAAACGCGUGGAUGAGACCAGCAGGUCCCUUGGCCGCUUUCCACCUCCGUUUUCCCAGCCAGCAAUUAAUGAUUGGGCUUUUGAGAUGCAAAAGAGAGGGGCAGCUCCUUGCACAGCCCACAGUGCCCGGCUCUCUGGGGCCAAAUCCUUGGGAUCACCACCAAAAAGGGCACUUUGGUGGCUUUGAGGCACACAGGGCUGGGACAGAGCCCCUGUGUCAUGGAUCAACUCUGCGCUGGGAAGUGGCUUCCCUGCUGGGCUCAGGGGCACCCACAGGUGUGGGGAUGCUGCUGGCUCAGGGCACAGGGUGCCUCUGCUGUUUUUGAGGGCCAGUUGUGUAUUAUGCAGCAAUAAGCAAGAGUCAGUAUUGGUGGGGAAUCCCAGUUUUCCAAAGGGUUUGACAGCCCCAGUAGUGUUUAACUCGUAGCCCGUGUGUUGUCACUGAGCUGGUGCAGGGUCAGUGCUGAUCUGGGGGGAGAGGGAGAGGGUGCAAGGAAAUCACACAGCCAGUGGGUACCCACCACACUGAGUGGCAGCAGAGCUCAACCCCAGUUCAGGCAGGAAUCCAUCACUGCCCACAGAAAAUUGUAGAAAUUCAAAUUGCUCAGAGAAGCUGUGACUGCCCCAUCCCUGGAAGUGCUCCAGGCCAGGUUGGGCACGGCUGGGAGCAACCUUGGAUAGUGGAAGGUGUCCCUGCCCAUGGCAAGGGGCUGGAAUGAGAUGAGCUUUAAGGUCCAUUCCAACCCAAACCAUUCCAUGAUUCUAUGAUCAUCUCCAGGGAUUGCUAAUGAGCAUGGCUAAUGAGUGAGAAGGGAAGUUCUCCUGCCCUGGUGGGUCCCUGUGUGAACAAGAAGCCAGCUGGGAUGGGGGUGCCUUUUCCUGGGAGAGAGCAAGAAACAAAACUCACAUUUAUUCUGACUGCAAACCCGUCCUUCAUCAGAUUUUCAUUUUGUUCACCUGGCAGUAAAAUCUCAGAUGUCUGAAGAGGGACAUGUGUCGUGGGGAACAUCCCUUGGUCUCCGGGCGAGUGUGGGGGUUUGUAACACCUGGACAUGUCUUUGCUGUGGAAAUUUGGGCUCAGUGGAGGCCCCUCCCACAGGCAGCAGUGGGACUUUUGUACAUAAUAGGCUCAGGACCCUGCAUGUCCCUCUGGCCCUGUUUUUAACCCUUCUUGGCUGAUGCAUUGUAAGGUCUUGUGGUCUCGUGGCCCUUCUGUCCCUGUACGAGCUGGAAAAUUACCUGGUGUGUUGUGACGUGUCUGUUUAUGAUAUAAAAUGAGAUGUCUACUUGUCUCUUUCUUGGAUACACUUUUCCAUGACUGUUCGCACCCUUCAUGGCCUGUAUUGCAUCCUCUGCUUUGGCUCUUCUGAGCCAUCCCUGUGUUUGGGGAGCCACGUGAGGCAGAUGAAGCUGCAGGAGGAGGCAGGGCUUGAACCACCUAACCCGGCUCCAGCUGGGAUCUGCCAGACUUAGCCUAGGGCAGGUCGUUAAUCUGGUGCUUUUUGGGUGGGAGCCUUGGAAGUGGGGCAGCUUCAAAGCCCUCUGACAGCUGAAGGAAAUAAAAAACUCCUCAUUGUAACUCCUUCUGUGAGUUUUGGGGCAUUAAUUCACAUUGGAGUUUGAUGAAGUUCAUUAAAUCAUACUUUGGACCUUAAUGCCCCCCAAAGGAGAGAUUGUGAGAGGUUUAAAUUCCAGAAGUAGCUUCUUCAGAGCAGGCGGAGCAUGAGCAGAGCUGUCUCCAAACCCCAUCUGGGCUGAGUGAGUGCCUGCACAGCAGAGCCCACUGAUGGCUGAACCCAGACUUUGUGUGGCAAAGCCUCCCUUGCUCCUAAGGUGAUUUAUGGUUCAAAUCCCAAAUUCCUACAGAAUUCCACUUGCCUUAACUGCUCCAGAUGCCUGCAAAUGCACUGGGAGCAGCCUGCAUUCAGUGCAAGGGGUGCUUAACCCUGCAGUGGCAUCAGAGCAGCUGUGCCAGCCCAGAAGGGGUGCUGGUACCCGCAUGUGCACCCCCCUGCAUUUUGAUCUUUCCCCAUGGCUUUUAUUAUUGACCCUCUAGGAGAUUUGGAGUGAUGAGGUGCUCUCUUGGCCACCCCAGCCUAGUCAGAGGAAGCCACCCCUCAUCCUAUCCCAGACGCAUGUCUGGUACCAGCUUACCAAAACCACACUCAGUGUCUUUGUCUGGUCAAAAUCCUGCCCUUGGUGGACACAAGGACAAAUUCUGCAGGUUUGGACAGCAGCCAUGAAAGGUCUCCUCAUCAGCAAACACAGAUGGGAAUGGGAAGGGCAAAGGUUGGAGCAGUGUCAACAUACGGGGAGUAUUUGGGGCUUGUUUGUCAGAUUGCUGCUGCUGCUGCUGUGGGUCUAGUUUGGCCCUUUUGAACACCAGGCAGUUUGCAAGAAUUUCUGCACGUGACAGGUGGGAUUGUGAGCAGAGAGGGGUUGCACUGCUCUCAAAACCUCUGCUCAGCCUCUGGUGGUCUGGUGGUGUGAUGCCAAUGGGUCCCUAACUGCAGCAAAAAGCUUCAUCCCAAAGCUCCCCCUGCCCCAUCAGGGUCAUCUUGUCCUAGCCCAGAACACCCCCAUCCCCUUUGGGGCUGCCUUUUACUCAGUUUUCUGACAAAAAACCCAACCUUCUCCCUCCCCUGCGAGUGCCAGGCUGUGAGUCCUGCCCCUCUCCCUGCUCUGGGAAGGGAAGGGAAGGGGGAGCCCAGCACUCAGGCUCGGCCAGCUUUGGGAGCCAGCAAGGAAAGGGGAGUGGGCUGAGCCCCCGGGGUGGAAGGGAGUGGGGAGGGCCCCACUUCAGCCCGUGGUGUUUGCAGAGCUGCAGAGCCUUAUGUAAGCGUGCAGUGAGCACAGGACAUGUCCCAGCAGCUCCUGCUCGGGGCUGGGCUGGGGCUGCCUCUUAAAUCUUUACCUUAAGGGUGUUCAAAACCAACUUGUUGUCUUUUCUUCUGCUUUUUUUUUUUUCUUUCCUUUUUUCUUUUAUUAUUGUUCUACUGCAGAGUGAGGCAUUGGGUUUAACUCCUCUGGCUCUGGCUCAGGGAUGGAGAGGGACAGCUGAGCUGGAAGGGCUCCUGGGAUGGCUGUGUUUGUGAUGGGAAGGGGAGCAGGGCUUUGGGAGCUGUCUGGGACAUGCCAUGAUUCAUGGCUUAGUGCUUUUUUCAGUUUUGGAACAAUAUGCAGGAGCUGCUUCACUGCAGCUUGCCCUGCCCCGAGGUCCUGCAGCCAAGCAAACACAAGUUUCGAAGUCACAGAGCUUAAAUUUAUCAAAUUCUGGCCUCUCUCCAGCCGGGGUUGAGGUUUCCUAACAUUUCUCUGCUGUGGGAGCUGUGGGAAGGCCACAUCCUAAUUGCCAGCCAAACAGAGGGCUUUUGCAGGUCUGCUGUGGUACCGUGGGGUUUGGAGACCCCCAAUUUCAGGAGGUUUUGGCUCUGCCUCCCACCGUGGUGGUGCUUUGGGGCUGCCACUCAAGGAGCUUCAUCACCCCCUGGGCUGAGCUGCCUGGAAGAGCCAGCAGGGUGGUGGCCAGCAGCUGGGCAAGGACAUUCCUGCCCUUCCUUCCCUGGCAGCGCCAUGGGAAUGUUCUGCAUGGCAGCAGAGGCUCUCUUUGGUACGUGGGUGCCAAGAGCAAUUUGCUCUGGGCAGCCUGAUUUGGUGCUGAGGAUCUCACCUGCUCCUGAUUUGAACCCUGGCUGACACUUGCACCUAUAAGUGGCCACGUAAUCCUCACCUGGGUAGAGGUGAACUCGGAUCAAAUCCUCUGAAUUCAGGGGGACAGAUCCAGCCGAGACUUUUGCCAUCUCUCCAUUCUUCACUGCAAACCAUUCCUGGCUUUUGUGUGCUCCUGCACACCACAGUUUUGUCUGGGGUCACUUUGAUUAUUUUACCUUCAAUUAUUUCCAAGCUGGCAGAGUCUGCUUCUCCUUUUCCAGCUAGAAGCAGAAAAUUCGAAUGACUUUGAAAGCCAAGGCAAGCAGAGCAGCUCCCUCCCUCCACCUUUAUGCCAUCAAGUGUGGACUUGAGCUCUUUUGGGUGCUUACAAGCACCCUCGUAACCUUUGGGGACAAUGGUGGGGUUGAGAAGUGCUCCUUAAAUCCUACUCCAGGGUGCAUUGAGUAACAUCAGACAAGGAACUGGCACAGAGAGGGGCUCCAUGGGCAAGUAACAACCAAAAGAAAGGUGUUUCCUUUCUUUUUGAGAGCCCUGGGCAGGAAAGCGAACACAGAGGUGGAUGGAGCUCUGAAAGGCCUUUGUCCUUCAGGGGUGAGCCUGUGCCAUUGCUCCAGGUCCUUUAUCUGCCUGGCACGGCCACUCUGUGAACUUAAGCCCUGGUGACAGGGAGGUUAUCACUGGGCUUUGGUGGGACCACUGGCACAGCCCCUCUCGGGGGGGCUUUGUAGUUUUAUUUUUGCAAAUAUUUUGCCGUGCCCUCGGUGCUCCCCUCAAGGCCAGACCCUGCGAGUGUCCCCGUGUCCCCUCUGCCCAUGACCCUCGGUGAUGAAACCCUACAGGUGCAGGGCUGGGAUCCGCCUUCCCAGCCCAGAGGAAUAACACAAAAUCCCUCCUGUUUCCUGCAAAACGUGGCUCUGGAGGAGGCUUUGCACCUCCAAAGUUUCUCCUCUUUUUGCACCCUACUCCCCAAGGCUCUCCCUGCACCCCGCUCAGCCCGCCUGCAAACACAGCCCCUCCUGCAGCUUUAGAGACAAGACUCAGGGGCUGUUACCAGGGAAUGCAGCUCUUUUUUGGUCCUUUUUGUAGAUUUUUAUCGUGGUGAGUAAGAUGAGUUGUUUACUGGAGCAGGUUCCUGCGCUGAGGUGAUGCUCCCCCUCAGGUGGGCCCUGGCCAAGCUUCCUGAGCCCGGCUUUCAGCCCGAUCCUUUCGGGAAAGAGCUCCGCUUCCCCAGGCCUGAACUUUCCCAGCGUAUCCUGUUUCAGCCAUUUAAACCCGUUAGAGCCAGAGGCAGGAUUUUUCUGGGGAGACUGAGGGCAAUUAGGAAAUUACCCCACUCCCCCUCCCCUGCCCUGAGAUCCAGCAGGAUGAAGCCAAAUAUUUGCUUUCGGAUGGGUGGAUUUUGGAGCUGGCUCCACAUAAGAGCACCGGGGCGGAGGCUUGAAUUUUGGCCGUUUCGGGUAAUUGUUUUUGAAGCAGGACCUCCAAGCUUGCUGCCAUCACCCUGCUCAGCAGAUUCCAAAGCCAGGCCCUGUCACAGCUGGCAUUUGCUCCAUUGUUGAUGGAAAACAGUCUGCCCAUGGGUUUUUGGGGUGGGAUGCACCCUCUCCGUGUCUGUACGCACUAGAAAGAUUCAAUAAGAGGCUGCAGCGCUGGUGGUAGCUUUGCAAUCCUAUUUUUUUCUGCUGUGCUCCAGGCUCUCCACUCAGAGCUGUGUGUGGCUCUGAAAUCGGUCCUGGGAGGUGCCCAGGCCUGCUGGGCACCCUGGGCAGAGCAGCAGAGCCAGUGGUCCAAAAGCAGCUGUUCAAUUCAAUGCUGAAAUCAGAUCCUGAAGCUUAAAAUUGUUACUUUUUUUUUUUACAUCUGCUCCUUGUAAGUGAUUUAUAAUCCCUCAAAAUUUUGUAUCUGGAAGUUAAGUGAAUGUGUCUCUUAAAAGUAUGCCUAUCCUUUCAAAAUGUGAAUUUCUGAUUGUUGGAAUAACAAAAAAUAAAAAGAAAGAAACCUACCCCAUAUUAGCACAUGUUUGUAGUUAAUGUUUUAUGAAUGUUGUUUAAAAGAUUUGUGUAGAAUAAACCAGUUUAAAAA